GCAUCAGCUAGUAUCUGCUAUCAUCUGAUCCCUUUGUUAAUCAAUGGGGAAAUAUUUGGAAUGGAAACUGAGAUCAGCCUCCACUUGCUUGACAGAAAGGGCUGCGAAGAACUUCUUGAAGUUAUCGUUAUGGAGACUGAGGACUUGGCAUCCCCUGUCCUUCGUGGUAUCACUUUGUACACUGAACUGGACGACCAGACUUUUCUCGAAGCUGAAGUCAUCAUUUUGCUUGAUGACGUCCUUCAAGAGGCAAUCCCGUCUCAUGAGGAAUGCAUCCAGCAAGUUACCACUCAAUGUGAAAUAUAUGGUCCUCUGAUAGAGAAGAAUGCCAGAAGUCAUGUCAGGGUUGUUGUGAUGGGGAAAACCUUUGUCAACCUUAAGGCGUUGAUGCUUAUUACACAUGCUCCGUCCAUCAACCCUCAGAAUAUCGUCACUGUAUCCCUGCUCUUGGAAAAUGAAGCCAAGGCCAUGCUGGCGAGAAAAAUGGGGAUGCAUCCAGCAGGAAUAAAAAAUCUCGUAGUCUGGGGUAAUAUCAGUGGGAACAGCUUCAUCGAUCUGAGUAAAACACAGCUCUAUAGAUAUGACAGCGCCAUCUGGGGCCCACCAAGCUUUUCCCGUGAUUUGAUGGAUGUCCUCUUUGAUCGUGAAUGGAUACGAGCAGAGUUUCUGACUGCAAUGAGUUCGUUGAGUUCCUGGGAAAUUCAUUGCGUAGGCAUAGCGCCAGCACAUGCCAUUUUUACUGUGCUGAGGUACUGGUACCUGGACUCCCCUCCAGGAGAGCUGGUCUCCCUGGGAGUACUCAGUGAAGGUCAGUUUGGGAUUCCUGAGGGAAUUGUCUACUCCAUGCCUGUAACUUUCCAGAAUGGCAGCUGGAAGGUCUCUACAGAUCUACAAAUUAGUGAGAAAAACCAAGAAAGUCUUCAGAAUCUAACCUAUGAUCUGAUUCGGGAAAAGCAAGUUGCAUUAGGUGAAGUAACAGAAUUGUAUCCAGAGAGAAAAGUCAGCCCUGUGCCACAUUCAGCAGAGGAAGAGGAAAGCAUCCAAGCUGAGGAGGAAGGACUUGGACUUUCACCCAGUAGCCAAGGAAUCACCUCUGAAAAAGGUGGCGAAACUCCUGCUGAAGGACUAGGACCAUCACCCAGCGGCCAAGGAAUCACCGAAGAAACUUCUGAAGAGGCUGAAGGUUCCCCUAGUGAGGCAAAGAAUCCUGAAGAAGAAAGCAUUGAAGAACCCACAGGUGAAAAUGCAGAAGAUCCUGUAGAUGCUCCAGAUUUGUCUUAAGCAGAUGCCAACUUGAGCAAUCGAGAAUUAAGUUCAGAAUUCACUGCUGCUGAAUUCAGCUGCCUCAGAGAAAAUCCCUGGAUGCAGCAGCUUCUGUUGCUCAACAGGAAAACGUUAAUUCUUCUUUCUGAAUGUAAUGAAUUAAGUAACUGUGUAAAAACUUAAGCGUGUUUGUCUUCCGUGUGCAUACUAAACAAGCAUGGCACAUUUUUGUUGGAGUAUUUGGAUCAAACCAGUUUAGCUCCAUUUAAAUGCAGCAAUAUCAUCUCGAAGAUCAUUUUGUGGACUGAAAAAAAUGCAUUAGGAAUUCAAAACACUUACAUUCAAAAUUGUAGAGGAUGAUGUUCAAAUCCAUAGCAGAAUUUGGAGGAUACACUCUUCUCCCUUCUUACUACACUUGAUGGAGGAGCAAGAUGAACCCUUUGAAGCAGCCUGAAAUCUGUUUUGCACUCUCAACCAUCUAAUCGACUCAAGGCUUCCUAGCACCCUCUACAUUCCAGCUUUAAAGACUGCUGAUUCUGGGGCUUUUCCUUCACAGCCAGCUUUCCUCCCUCACCCCCUUGUUGUGUUUUUCUCAACAACCAGCCUCAAGAAGAUGUAGCUCUGGAGAAAUGAAAAAACUUGCUUGCCACUUUGCGACAUUUGAGUGCGUUCUAAUAAAGAUGAAAUCUUAAUAAGGCUUUGAGAUUUAUUUCCAU